AUGCCGUCGACUUCUGCUUGUGAACAACAAGCCUUAGAAAGAGAGACCCUAAAGCUCCAACGGAUCCUGAAAGAAGUCAAUAGGAUGUCAAUAGAGAGACAGACUCUAAUAAAAUCAAAUGAGGAGUUGAGGAUCAAACUUACAAACAUACAAAAAGCCACGGUUGAGAAAGACAUGCUGCUUAGCAAGAAAGAGGAGGACUUUAAAAAGGUGUUCGACCUCAACAAAAUUUUAAAAGAGGAAAACAACAAACUGGAGCAGAAAACUACCGACUUGGGCCAGAAAAACACUGCCCUGGAGAAAGAAAAAACUGCUGUAGGGCAGAAAAGCACCACCCUUGAACAAGUAAACGCUGCUCUGGAAAACGAAAAGACCAAUCUGGAACAGAAAAUCGCCACCCUGGAGCAGAAGAAUAGUGCCUUGGAGCAAAUAAUCACCACGCUGAAGGAGGAAAACACUGCCCUUCAGGGUCUGGAAAACACUGCCCCAGAGAAGGACAAGACCACCCUGGAGAAAACAAACAGCGCCUUAGAAAAGGAAAAACAUACCCUGACGCAGAAAAACAGCACCCUGGAGACAGAAAAAACUGCUCUGAAGCAGAAAAUCACUGCUUUGGAAAUGGAAAAAAAUACCCUGGAGCAGGAAAAAACUGCCUUAGAGCAAAAGAAUACUGCCCUGGAGCAGGAAAACACCACACUGGAGGAGAAAAUUACUGCCUUAGAAAAGGAAAAACAUACUCUGGAGAAUAAAAAAAAUUAUAUAAAACAUAAAAAUAUCACCCUUGAGCAAGUAAAGUUCGCCCUGCAGAAGGAAAACUACGCCCUGGUGGAUGAAAACAACACCUUGGAGAGGAGAAUGGCCACCCGGAAGGAGGAAUGUAUCGCACUGUCGGAGAACAACACCACCUUGGAGCAGGAAAUAUGUGACUUAGAGAAAAGAAUUGAAGCCCUGGAGCAGGAAAACUCCAGACAGUGGCACAAAAACACCUCUCUGGAGCAGGAAAAAACUGCUCUGGAACAGAAAACCACCACAAUGGAGCAAAUUACCACUGCCUUGGAGCAGAAAAUCGCCGCCCUGAGUCAAAAAAACACUGAACUGGAGCACGAAAACACUGCCCUUCAGGGUCUGAAAAACGAUUCCCUGGAGAAGGAAAUGACCAACCUGGAGCAGAAAAUCACUGCCUUAGAAAAGGAGAGAAAUACACUGGAGCAGGAAAACAAUAAACUUGAACAGGAAAAAACUGCUCUCGGACAGAAAAGCAAGACCCUUGAGCAAGUAAACACUGCCCUGGAGAAGGAAAACACCGCCCUGAAGCAGGAAAACACUGCCCUGAAGCAGGAAAACAACGCCCACGGUCAGAAAAACAACUCCUUGGAGCAGGAAAAAACUGCUCUAGGGCAGAGAAACACCACCCUGGAGCAGAGAAACACCGACAUGGCACAGAAAAUCACUGUCUUGGAAAAGGAAAGAAUUACCCUGAAGCAGGAAAUCUUUACUUUAAAGCAGGUAAAUGACAUCUUGGAAGAGGAAGGCAACUUUUUUGAGCGUGAAAAAAUCUCUUUUGAGGAGAAAUACCUCUGUUUGGAGCAAAUAAACGCGGCCCAGAAGCAGAAAUGCGCUGCUCUGGAGCAAAAAAGCUCAGCAUUGGAGAAAAUAAUCGACGCCUUGGAGCAGGAAAAGGCUGCCGUGGAGGAGAAAAGCGCUGCCUCGGAGCAUAUGCGCACUGAGCUGCAGCUUGAAUUAGAAAAUCUGAUCCAUUGUACGAGGAAAAAAAUGGAACAGCUGAACCAGGAGACAUCAGAAGAAGAAACCCAGGAAAACAUCCAGCCAGUUUCAGAACAGCCACAAGAGCAGGCGCCUAUAUUGAAACGUGCGAUCAGAGGCUGUAUUGACACUCUCAGAUACUGGACUGAAAUAUUCGACUUUUAAGUAAAGAAGUGUCAUAAGGGCUCCAGGCUUCACGCUUGAUUAUCGGUGGCAGUGGUAUGGACAACAGGAGGA